AUGGCUGUGGGCCACUGCGGGGAAGCAGCGCUGGCGGACGUGCUGGAGCAGCUCGCGCUGCACACCAACUGCUUGCCAAGGAAGAGCCUCCGAGGGGGCUGCCAAGAGGAGCCUGUGUCUGGUGCAAUGACUUGCUGCCAGGUGGUUGCUCUUCUGCUCUCCUUUCUUUCCAGUGCUGCAGCUGGUGAUCCGGUUCCCGCUCAUGUUGCCCUGUCCAUGCUGCAACUAGCCAAAGGGCUGUUCUUGUCAAAGCCUGUCCUGGAGCUGACAGCACGCUGCAAUGAUGCCUGCCCUCAGUGGGAGGCUUCUCUGGUCCCUCAGGACACCCAGGAGUACCUCUCUUACGAGACAGAGCAUCCCAAUGGCACCCGCACCCUCACCAUAGUGGAAGUGAGCCCCUGGGCAAGUGGUGCAGAGAGAAGAUGGCGGAGGUGGUGUGUGAGCAAGCGACAGAUUUAUGGCACAGACAGGCAGUUUUCCAUCAGCGGGAAACACUUCUUGAUGAACUAACCCUCCUCUGCCACCACCAAGAUCUCCAUGAGCUGCACGCAGGGCACGCUGGUGUCCAAGCAGCAUGUCCUCACUGCUGCCCGCUGCAUUUAUGACAGCAAAGACUAUGCGAAGGGGGCCAAGAAGAUCAAGGUGGAUUUCCUGAUGCUGGUGCAAGGUGCUGGUGACAGGAUGGGGACAGGUAGGCUGGUGAUGUGCUAG